AGUCCAGUCUGUGCAGCAGCUGUGGAUGUGCAUCGGACCUUUGUGGCGGCGUCAAGUCGAAGCAACCAGGAAGAGUUUUGGCCAAGAUGUAAGACUUUGAACACCAUUUCCCGCUGCCUGGAUCACGGUGCGCACACAGAGCAGUGAAGUGAGCAGCGCGCAGCUGGAGCGUCUGUGCGUAAAAGUGACCCAAAGAGGACAGAAGUUCUGGAGCGAUGGCUCCGUAAGAAAACUUUUUAGCCCGUAAACUUUUUUUGGACGGCAGACGCUCUCGACGUGAGCUUGUCUGGACUUUAUGUAAGAAGUAGGACAAGACUAACGCCGCCCAGCUGGUUCCAUCCGUCUUUCCGUGAUGACAAACGGCCCCGAAGGUUGGUUACUGUGCAGAUAAUAGUCGCCAUAAACUCCACUCGGAGUUUUGGGAAAGUUUUUCUCGCCUUGCAGUCCGCCUCUGACCGUCAUGGAGGAGAACGUUGCGAGCUACAGGGCGGACGGGGAGAGCAUCAAUCUGAGUGUGCUGAAUUGGGACCAAGUGCAGCGGCUGGACGCCAUCCUCACCGGCUCCAUCCCCAUCCACGGCCGCUGGAGCUUCCCCACGCUGGAGGUGAAGCCGCGGGACAUCGUCAAGGUGGUGCGGAGUCGCCUGGAGGAGAGGCGGAUCCAGGUCCGGGAAGUGCGGCUGAACGGGUCCGCCGCCAGCUACGUCCUGCACGAGGACAGCGGUCUGGGCUGGAAGGACCUGGACCUGAUAUUCUGUGCUGACUUGAAGGGAGAAAUGGAGUUCCAGAUUGUUAAAGAUAUCGUGCUGGACUCCCUGCUGGACUUCUUACCUGAGGGAGUGAACAAGGAAAAGAUCACACCUGUCACCUUAAAGGAGGCCUACGUGCAGAAGAUGGUGAAGGUCUGCAAUGACUCAGACCGCUGGAGUCUCAUCUCGCUCUCCAACAACCGCGGCAAAAACGUGGAGCUCAAGUUCGUGGACUCCCUGCGGCGACAGUUUGAGUUCAGCGUGGACUCCUUUCAGAUCCGUCUGGAUUCCCUCCUGCUCUUCUACGAGUGCUCCGAGCAUCCCAUGGCUGCCACCUUUCACCCCACGAUCCUCGGCGAGAGCGUCUACGGCGAUUUCCCUACCGCGCUCGACCACCUUCGCAAGCGCCUCAUCUGCACUCGCAGCCCGGAGGAGAUCCGAGGCGGGGGUUUGCUCAAGUACUGCCACCUGCUGGUGCGCGGCUUCCGCGCCGCGUCCGACUCAGAGAUGAAACUGCUGCAGCGCUACAUGUGCUCACGUUUCUUUAUAGACUUCCCUGAUGUGUGCGAACAACGGAGAAAGCUGGAGUCUUAUUUGCAGAACCACUUUGAGGACCUGGAGGACAGGAAGUACGACUACCUGGCUAUGUUGUACGACGUGGUGCAGGAGAGCACGGUGUGUCUCAUGGGCCACGAGCGGCGGCAGACGCUCAGCCUCAUCUCCUCGCUCGCACUGCGGGUUCUAGCCGAGCAGAACGCCAUUCCCAACGCAGCCAAUGUCACCUGCUUCUACCAGCCGGCUCCUUACGUCUCCAAUGGCAACUUCAGCAACUAUUAUGUGGCGCAGGUGCAACCCAUCUACUCCUGCCCGCCGUCGCCGCCUCAGCAGUACAUCCAACCAACACAACACCCCAUGUACGCCCCCUGGUUACCCUGUAACUGAACCUCAGGCUGGGCUGCGAGACGGGGAUCCCACAAUAGAAGGGAAAUGAAGCAAAGAGAUGAAGUAAAAGAUGAGCAGGAGGUUACCGGAGGAUAAUGAACCUGCACGGCGGCGGAGAGCCAGAGAAAGGCUUUUCCUCAGCGUCCGCCGUCACAGCAGGGGGUAGCUGCGCCAACAUGGACAUUUCUACUGUCUUCAUUGUCCUGUAUGACGCUGGCUGAUGUUGUUACAUCACACCAUCUGACAUUUUGAUGAGCACGCUCUCUCCGUCGCUACCAAAUGAGGAACUAGUCACUGUUUACAAAUCCAAAGUUCUGCUUUGAAAACAAAGCAUGAGAAACAACGAAUCAAUGCACGUUUUAUUUCUAUUCAGGAAUAAUUGUUUAAGUGCCUAGAAAUAUUCUGGUGACAUCCUAGAGAAUAGCUGAAUGACCAUGGAGAACAUGAAUGUAAACAGACCAGUGACCCAUAUGGCGUGAGGUCGGUUACAUGGAGGGAGUUUCUUCUUCUUUAAUAGGCCAAAAAUCAACCUGAAAUGAACUAAAUAAAGGGCCUGUUCGUGUCUGCUGUCCAGUAAAAGCAAAGCAAAUUCUCAUGAAACAAAAAGAGGAAGCAAAAACACAUAUAUCAUAAAGAGAGUACGCAGGGGAAGGGCUGGGCUACAGUAAAAAUAUAGCUGGCAAAUAUGAUGUACAGAAUUAAGUUGUUUGCAGGGUGCACAUAUGAGAGCUUAAGUUAUUCAAAGAUCUGCUGUAUGAUGUAUGCAUGGAUAAGUAUAAGAGGUGGUCAGGCUGGUACUUAAAAAGAAGAAAUGCACUGAGCGCUUAUUUAAGAAUGUAGUUUCAACACUUCCAAAAACGCUUUUUGGCUGUGUGCUGAAGUUUCGACUUCAGCGUAUACAAACUGAAAAGUGCCCUGUGGAGACUUCCUGGAAACUUGGUUCUGUUUACACUCAAUAUACAUUCAAAUGCAGUGUUUAUCAGAGAGUCUUUCCAUUAAAUAUUUUCAUGAAAAAUGUGAUGUAAAAUUAUAUAUUUUAAGUGGGAAUUUGAUUUUUUUUUUCCGUUGAAUUGAAUUGAAUUGAAGUGGCGGCUUUGGAUUGUUCAGUGAGGACAAGCUGUUUGUGUAAGCAGGAACUUAAAACACUUAUUUUAGUAACCCGAAAAACUCCAAAGAUGUUGCAAGACACGGCCAAAGUUUUGCUUGAGGAGGUGAGAGGGACGUUAUCUCUUGCUGUUGCAAAAGAUCGUUGCAAAUCAAACUGACUAUUUUGACUUCACAAAAAAACGCCAGUGAGAAUCAGAGUGAUGUUUUCUGCAUCUUCAGCUCGGAAUAUGAAACAUUAAGCAGAUCUCUUAUUUUUCUAUCAGUCUCUAUUUUUGUACAGUUUGUGUUUGGCUCAUAUAGCACGCAGGUCCAAAGCUUUUUGAGUCCAUUUUUGUUUUCUUGUUGUGAUUUUUGUUUCUCUAACGAUGAGCUUCUGGAUUCCGGCUUUCACUGUUUCACUGUAAAUGUAUGGUUUUUACCUGCCCUCCUGGCGUGGACUGGGGAUAUUGAAAACUGUGUUCAAGUUGACCAACUUUCUAAAUAAUUAAAGAGGAAAAAAAAGGAUGACGCCUGUCAGU